AUGUUCCGUACCACUGUUGGGAAGACUGUGCUCAACUUAACCUUGGCCACCAGUGCUAUUUAUGGUGGUGGUGUUGCUCUUUCACUUAAAAAUGAUGCUUUUAAUGAAUUGUUUACUGAUAAUGUCCCAUUAGCUGAAGAUAUUGUUGAUUAUAUUCAAUCAUUUGAAACAACUAAAAAAGAUUAUAAUAUUCAAAAUUUUAAAGAAAAAUUUGGUGAAUUAGAGAAAACUCUUGAUGUUCCAAAAUCUGGUUUAAUUGCACAAAAAGUUGAUAGUAUUAAAGAAAAUUUAACUAAAAAAGUUUCAAAAGAUGAUGAAAAAUCAUCAACAAAACAAGUUGAAAAUGUUAUUCAACCAAAGAUUCAAUUAAAACCAAUAGAAUUAAAAGCUCAAGAUCCAAAAUUACAAAAAGUUAUUACUGAAUUCAAUUCAUUGAUUGGUAAAAUCAAUAAUGGUUCCACAUCAAAUGAUGAUUCAUUUGUUAAAAUUGUAGAAUCAAUUGGUGAUUUAGAUAAAAAUUUAAAUGUUUUACAACAAAAACAAAAUGAAGAAUUAACUAGUCAAAUUAAAGAAGCUAUUGCUAAAAAGGAAAAAGAAGUUUUAAAUUCAUUUACUGAUGAAUUCAAUUCAAUUACCAAGAGAAUUGAAAAACAACAUCAAGAUAAAUUAAUUGAAGAAAUUUCUCAAAAAACUAAAGUUAUUUCAGCUCAUUAUGAAAACAUUGUUAAGACAAAUCAAAUCAAUGCAACAAGACAAUUUACCGAAUUAAUUGAAAAAACUAUUGAAAAUGAACGUGAAGGUAAAUAUUCAAAAUUUAAUGAAUUAAAUUCAAAAUUAGAAAAUUUACAAAAAUUAGUUUUAACAAUUGAUUCACAUUUAAAUAAUUCAGAAUUAAAAUCAAAAUUACAAUUAUCAUUAAAUAAAUUGAAAAAUAAAUUAAAUUCAAAUAAAAAUGAAAAUUUUACUGUGGAAAUUGCAGAAUUAAAUAAAUUAGCUAAAGAAUCUGAGAAUAAAGUUAUUGCAUCAGCAAUUAAUUCAAUUGAUCCAGAAACUAUAAAGACUGGAUUAUUAACAAAUUCACAAAUUAUUUCAAGAUUUCAUUUAUUAAUUCCUGAAUUAAGAUCUGCAUCAUUAUUACCACCAAAUGCUGGAUUAUUAGGUCAUUUAUCAUCAUUAUUAUUUUCAAAAUUUUUAUUAAGUAAAGAAGGUCAUGUUGAAGGUAAAGAUAUUGAAAGUGUUAUUUCAAGAGUUGAUAAUUAUUUAAUUUCAAAUCAAUUAGAUGAUGCAGUGGAGGAAAUUGCAAAUUUAAAAGGUUGGAAUAGAAAAUUAGCAGAUGAUUGGUUAAUUGAAAGUAGAAAAAGAUUAGAAGUUGAAUUUUUAGUUAAUUUGAUUGAUUUAGAAAGUAGAACUUUAUUCUAG